AUGCUUUCUGUUACUAAACAUGUUUUCCAUGAUGUGACCUUCACGAUUCUAUUGGCCUUAUAUUUGAUUAGACUAAUAUACACAAUUCCACGAUCUCACACCUCGCAUCGUCAUCUUAAUUCUUACACUCGACCAUACCAGUUUUUUUCAUUGGAUGCAAAAGGAGUCUGGAUUCCGCAACCGAUGAUUGUUGACGCGUUCGGGUUCUUUGUACUAUUAGGCCAAAUUGUAUCUUUGAAUGAAUUUGCAAUCCUCUCGGGUUUUAAUAUGGAUCGUAAUGAACCUAAGAAAGCAAGUUUUUGGAUAACCUUACAUUACAUUGUCUGGAGCUUCUUUUGCUGGGUCAUCAUCGCUUCCUUGAUUUACUUUGGAAGCCGAUUGACCGGAAUAACAUUGAGGCACAUUGAGGAUACAAAAGAAGCGGCGUUUUUGUGUACUUUGCCAUAUCAUCGCUCAUAUUUGGAGCAUUUAGAAGUUUCAUAUUCCUACGAUGAAUGUCGUCAUAAUAACGAUAUUGGUCAUGGAAACAAACAACAGAAAUUCCAGUUUCACCAUAUGAUAGUGCAUCUUCAAAAACUGAUGAAGCUGUGUCAUACCCAACGAGGCAAUGAAUGCAAUAGAGCCAGAGGCAACCAGAUUUACAUCGUCAAAUGA